CCGCGAUGAACAGCUGAUCCUCCCGCAGUGGAUGAAGCCUAACGCCGCGGUCUCCCUGCCGGUCACAAUGUCCGCUCCUGCGCACGGCACUAUGUGAAUAGCUGUUGGACAAACAAAGAAAGGAAGUUAUAACAAGAAGAAAAGAGUGAAGAUAUAUGUACACACAUAUGUUUUUGUGGGAUCUCAAAUUAAUAGUAACGUGUUAGAUUUGUGUUUUGUGUUUUUUUUUCUUCUUCUUCCCGGAUUGGAGAUACUGCGCGCUUCUCGGUGCGUCACCGGCUCUCCGUCAUGCUUUUGCCAAGCGCUGUUGUCUUCACUUUUUCUUGCUUUUUGGCCCCGUUGCUCCUCUGCUACCUGCCUCAAGUCUCAGCACAGAAGCCCGGAUCGCGGUGGCUGAUCGGAGAGAGAGACAACCACUGCGGGUCCGUCUGCUUGCGGACGCUCGGGAAGCCGGUGUGCGGCUCGGACGGGCGGACCUACGAGACAAACUGUGAGCUGCAGAGGGCCCGAUGCAGGGACAAAACGCUGACGAUGGCGCAUCGGGGAAGGUGUCGAGUGAAGUUUACGCUGCCGGUGGCUCCAGCACCAACGGCCACAUCUGACGGGAGAGAGCCAGAGCCCAAAGACGCAGGUCAGUCGAAGUGCCACGUCGAGAGGAACCAGGCCCUGGAACAGGCCCGGAGGCCUCAGGAGUCCACCUUCGUCCCGGAAUGCAACGAGGACGGAACGUUCGCCCAGGUCCAGUGUCACACUUUGACAGGUUACUGCUGGUGCGUCACCGCCGACGGCAAGCCAGUGAGUGGCUCCUCUGUGCACAACAGGAAGCCUGUGUGUUCAGGAAACUUCAGUGAAAAUAUGGGAACUGAUGCCGGAAGGAGUGGAUUCUCAGUUAGGUCAGUAACCGACCGACCUCCUGGGCCCCCGAACGCGGGUAGAAAAGUCUCCUUCCGUUUCUUUCUCACUCUCAACCCAGACGACGGCUCCAAGCCCACCCCCACCAUGGAGACCCACAUCCCCCCCGAGGGCGAAGAGAUAACUGCUCCAACGCUCUGGAUAAAACAUCUGGGGUACAUGGAGAAUAAGCAGAACAGCUCCACUUCCAGAAGGCAAGAAAAGGUUCCCUCUUGUGACCAGGAGAGGCAGAACGCCCUGAAUGAGGCCCAGCAGAGUUCUCGGGAGUCCAUUAUCAUUCCGGACUGUGGGUCUGGAGGUCUUUACAAACCAGUCCAGUGCCAUCAGCAUACUGGUUACUGCUGGUGUGUUUUAGUGGAUACGGGACGGCCCAUCCCCGGAACGUCAACCUUGUACAAGAUGCCAGAGUGUGACGCAGACGCGCGGUCCUACGUCGCGGACCCGGAGGACCCGUUCCACGUCAGACCCCUGCAAGGCUGCCCAGAGGGGAAGAAAGGGGAAUUCAUUACAAGCUUGUUAGACGCUCUCACAACUGACAUGGUGCAAGCCAUAAACUCACCGGCCCCCUCUGGUGGCGGGAGGUUUGUUGAACCUGAUCCCAGUCACACUCUGGAGGAAAGAGUGGUGCAUUGGUACUUUGCCCAGCUGGAUAACAAUGGCAGCAAUGACAUCAACAAGAAGGAACUCAAACCUUUCAAGAGGUACCUGAAGAAGAAAGCUAAACCUAAGAAAUGUGCCCGCAAGUUCACCGACUACUGUGAUCUGAAUAAGGACAAGGCUAUUUCGCUGCAGGAGCUGAAAGGCUGCCUCGGUGUCAGCAAAGACGGAAGCUCGUUGACAAGUGGCAGUCAAGGAACAAGUCGGCCGUCUGGCGUGAGGAGAGAACGGCCGAGAAGCUGAAGACGAGAGCCGAGGGGACGGAGGCGACGCGUCUGCACGCUUCCUGACGGGAUCCUAAUAACGGAGCAGAGAAAUCUAGAAGUUUCUGAAUCGAAAAAAAAAGAAAGAAAGAAAGAGAGAGAGAAAAAAGAGAAAAGCAACAAAGCGGCGCCAAAAUAAUUGCACUUUUUCCUCCCUGUGUCUGACAUAUUAACUGCUUUUUUUUUGUUUGUUAUUUUUCAUCUUGAAGUGACUGAGAAUUCACUAAGUAAAAGAAAUGAGAAUAUAUUUGUAAAGAGUUGACAGGCUCACCACUGGAAGAGCGCGUAUGUGUAUGUAACCACUCCCCCCUCCCCUGCUGUACAUUCAGUCUGCUGUCUUGAUCUGUUCAGUCCACAUGUCUCAAUCCCAGGCCUGUCCAAUAAAACAUGACACCACCCUCGCCCCCAACCCCCCACCACCGUCAGACAUGCUGCAGCAGCAGGCAGCUCAGCGGAGAAUCAACAGACAACAAUCGAAAAAAACAAAAAACAAAAACAAAGUAAGUCAGUGUGAACCCACUGACUUACACCUGAUUUGUCAGCAUAAAACAAUGAACUCUGGCUAUAGAUCUGUUGGUGUUUUCCUCGUAAAAAACAACAACAAAAAACACAACAACAACAGAUGUUGAAACUAGCCGCAAGUACUUAGCUGUGCCACCCAAAACCGAUGCAAGACAGCCACGCCAUCUGCGCUAAAUGCUUCUCACAGUCUGUUAGCUAAAGAAAAAAAGCAAACAAAAACACAAUAAUAAAAAAAGGCAGUAAAAAGCGCCGAAGAAGUUCAGACGAUACCCGUGGUGGCGUAAUGCGUCUCUUCUUCAGAACCCAGCGGGUGAUUGGCCGAUCGGAGCCAUCAGUUUAGCUCCGCUGCUAGCUCCGCUAACUUCCCCAGAUAAACUGGCACGUCCGAAUACCUAAAGACAGGCAGUGUGGACGUCUGUGCCUUAAAAGAUGAGCCUUUAAAUAACACAAACCUGGAAAUGAGUAAAAUAUCUCCAACAAAAGAUUAUUGUAAGUGAUGCAUCAGGCACAUGUUCCACCUUGUUCAGCUGCCAUUUUGCUUUUGGUGUUUUCAGAUUUUUUUCGUGUUUGGUGUAAUUUUUACUGACAUUUAAUGUGGCAGGGCCAGGUGGUAAAACGUAGACGGAAAACGAUGACAUGGUUGUCGAUUUGUCCUCGGAAAGUUGUGCGCGUGUGUUCAGCCGUCCUGGAUUAAUCCUUAGUAGAACAACACGUUUGUUUCUACAGGCUUUGAACAUCUAAAGAUUGGAAAUGAUCAAACAAGAUUAAACUGUGAUCAUAUCUAAAGAUCAAUUUUCAAGUCUUGCCCCUGAUUCUAAAUUUCAUUUUUGUCUGGAGUUUGACUGGGACAUUUUUACACACGAAUAUCCUUUGAUUGUAUCUCAGGCUGUUUGUAGGAAGGUGAGCCAACUGGCUGGACGUAAGUAGCUCCAUCGAUUCCCAUGAUGCUGCCGCCACCACGAUGCUGCAAACCUGCGAGGUCUUCAGUUGGAUUCAUAAAUUGUGCGCAGAAAGACUUUAUUCACUGAGCAGGCGACUUCUAAACUCAGUCGAUUGCGCUGAAUUUUUAUUUGAGAGGGUGUUAGAAAAUGGAUGGAUGGAUGGGGCUGGAUGCAAAAAAAAAGCACACCACACUUUUCAGAUUUUUACCUGUAAAACAUUUGACAACCAUGUAUUCUUUUUUUUUUUUUUUUUACUUCCACUAAACUGUGACUCAGUACUUUGAGAAGCCUCAAAUUAGUGGAUGUAAAGUGAAACUAUAUGAUUCAUUUCAAGCCACUUAAAUACUUACAUGCAAUUGAAAUUUCCAAAAAUGACCAAUAGGAACAUUAUUGUGUGAGAAAAUAACCUUAGCUUUAUCAGGUAGCAUGAUGGUGGAUUAACAGUCGUCUGCGGAGUUAAGUAUCAAAACGGCUUUUAAAAACAACGGGGUAAUGAGGGAGAACAAAGCUUUCAGUUUGUUGUUUGCUGUUGAUUUGCUUAAUUAGCCUGAUGCUCCUUCAACGAACAAAGAUUCUGGUUUUAAACGCAGAAUCAACAAUUUCAACAAAACGUGGCAUUCGCGUACAAAUUUCAAUUUCAUAAAACAAAUACGUUUUCUGAGCAUCGUUACUCCGGUGCCUCAAGUCGGCGCUCAUCCCUAAAACAAUCGGCAGCGUCCACCUUAAAUCCGCCCCACCUCAUCUGAUCCCGCUCUCGAUGCAAAAACACAACGGAGCAGAGAGGGAAGAAAUAUUAAAUCUUUUAGGAAUGUGAAGCAUAAAAAUUCCUCCCCACAUUUGGGAACAAUUGGGUUUCAAGCUAGGAGAAACACGCUUUCACUGCUGGAGUCUGGACACUCGUGUGUUUGUGUGUGAGUGUGUUUUUGUCUUGUUUUGUCUUUGUCCUCCCCCACAGAUAUCUGCAGCGGCUCAUGGACACGAAAUGCUUUUUAUUGUAAAUAUGUACCAUAACCUUUUUGUUUGACGGUUUUACUAAAUCCCACUACAGUGGCAUGAUUUGAAAUGUACUUCACUGUCAGUGUAGCUUCUUGCAAAACACAUCCCCUUUUCUCCUUCUUCUUCUUCUAACUCAUUCACGUUUAGACUGGGCUGUUUAUGUUUUACUCUUUUUUUAAUCCAUGCUCUGCUUCAUUUUGUGUCUGCCUUCACCACUGAACACCAGCAGGAAUGUAACACAGCAACUGGUGCUUACAAUCAGAAAGUCCGGUUUUUUCUAUUCUAACUUGAACUGAACAUUUGUGCCAAGAACAAGAGAAUAAUCCCAUCCUUCCUCGAGUCCUGUGCAGUUUCUCCUCCUGAGUGAACUUUUUUCCCCCCUUCCCAUCCAGGUUAGAAACACAAAGCUUUUUGUGUGUCUGCCGAAGUGCUUCCAGACGCAGCGAGCUGCAGAUUGUUCGGAAACAUCUUAAAAACGAGCCAACAGGCUGACAAUCAGCACAGAUGGCGAUGGGAUGUGUGUGUGUGUGUGUGUGUGUAGAGGGGGUGCUGCAGCUGGCUGUCACUUUGACUCCAACCGUGUUUCAAAAGUGAUUUUCUUUUUUUUUUUUUUUCACUAAAAUUGAAGAAUGAGAUCCGACUCAAACCCACGGCAAUUCUUGAUAAAGUAAAUUAUGCCGCUCAAAAAUAAUAUGUUCUAUUCGUCAUAAGAAUGUAGCAAAAGUAAUAAUAAUAAUAAUAAUAAUAAUAAUAAUAAUAAUAAUAAUAAUAAUAAAGAAGAAGAACAAAAUGAUCUUAUAAAGUGAAUCCUGUCAUUAGGCAGGAACUUAUAAAACUAAUUUCAAGAGCUUUGCUUGUUUCUUUCCUGAAUGUGCUAUUAUGAAGAAAAAAAAAGUUUUGUCCUUAAAUUUUAAAAAAACAAACAUCUGAACAGGUGUGGCAUUCUUAACUUAUAACAAAAACAGUAAUGAUACAAUGUUGUUCAUAUCAGCAUCUGUUUAAACCUCGACUAUUCUGGACAGUCGAGAGAGAUUCAAACAGUGGAGAGAAGGAGUUUUACACUGCCCCCAAAUGGUGAAGAUGGGUAACUGCAUCCAUAAAACAAUUCAAACGGUAAAACUGGCAAUUUGCUUCUUCUUGGUUGAAGUCAAAAGCAUAUAUUUUAAUGUAAUACACAUCAAAGAAUUAUGGCAAACAUCCAAAAGUCUAAUGUAUGAAACUUUACAGAGUGUUGAAAACAUACCUACUCAACUAAAUUAGUUAUUAAGUUAACCUUUACUCUUUUUCCCCAUUUCCUUCAUGCAGCUAUGUUGAAAAGAAGCAAAAAAAGUACAAACUUGUCGAUGACUAACAGAACAUCCCUGAAAUAUUAAGAAUCUAUUGCUGUGAGGUGUAAAGGAAAUUUGACUGACAAUGCUUGCCUUGAUGGAGAAGCUAAGCUUGCUAGCUCUUGGGUCUGCUAGCAUGCUAGCUAAUGUGAAUUUGCCUGUCAAAUGAGCUAAAAGGGGAUUAAAAGUUUAGUUCUUGCUCCAACUCAGAAACUCUGAGCUUUUAAUAAAUACAGGUUUAUGACAGUUCACACAAACAUCCAUCUAAUCAUUCUUGUUGGAACUGUAUAAAUUGAGCUAACAGCUGUCGGAAUCACUUAAAAUUCAUAUGUUCACAUGUGGUUUGUUAUCAAAAUAAAGCCAGCCUCCAUAGUAGGAAUUUAACCAUUACUGAACACUUAAUUUACACACUAAUUACGCACUAAUCAGCUUGAUUAAAAUUUCAAAACAUUUCUCGACUAAUGUGUUCCCUAAAACUCAUUUGUGUAGCGUAUACCACUAAAUUUCUAUUUUUGUGAUUUCUUUCGUCAAACAUUUUAAAAAAAAUAUGACGAGGAAACAUUUUUAGAAAACCUCAUGAAAAAAACCCAAACAAAUAAACAAAAGAAACAUUGGGGAGGCACUGAAACGAAAGAUUUUUAGAGGCCUUCAAGAAAUAGUGACUUUAUGUUUAUCAUAACAGCCUUUCUAUUUAUGUAAUUCUUAUAAGAAAUAAUGUAAAAUGGUCAGCUGCUGCGAUGUUGACAGUACUGUUGAAGUAAAAGAAAUACCACAAAAAGAAUUUCACAUAUCAUCCGUAUAUGUAUAUAAAAAAUACACAAAUGAAUAACCCAGACUCAUGAUUUAGUAUAAGUUAAAUGGUGCAACAUAAUGAUAAACAUAGAAAUCCCCUCUUCUAUUCUUCUUCAUUAAACUAAUAACGACUCACUGCAAAAAACCAAGUCGUUUUCUUUUUUCUUUUUUUUUUGACCGGAUUGUUUGUUCAUCUGAUUUAGUGAUGAGACUUCAAAGGUGCGGAUGUUGUCUGUGCGUGAUGGAGCAGAGGUUGCUGAAGAGGGCCUGUGUGUGUGUGUGUGUGUGCGUGUGUGUGUGGGUGGAAGGAUCGUAGAUGAAACCAGAGCCAGGAGGCAGCUGCAGUACAUCUGUCUUGCUCUAACACAUGUGGCAUUUGACUUUUAGUGUGAAGUUCAAAAGAGUUUUAUAAUGACGCAGCUGCUUUAGGAUCUCUGUUUGUGUGUGUGUGCGUGUGUGUGUGUGUGUGUGUGUGUGUGUGCGUGUGUGUGUGUGUGUGUGUCGGGCUGGGGGUGUGUGUUCCUAUUUGUUACCGUUUGAGUUGAGGCUACGCAGGUUGCGGAGGGCCUUCAGAGCUGACUGACGAAUUUGGAGCAUCGACAGUGAUGUAUUGGCAGUACAGGUGCAGCAUUAUGGUCCAGGGAGUCAUGAGGCUUAACACACGCUGGCCGUGUCAAAUCAGCAGGUUUUGGAGCAAAAACCUGUUUGUUCAAACAACAACAACAAACAUCAAACACACCGUGUACGCAUCCAUUCAUAAGUUGUAUGUUGGCCUGUCACAAUAAUAAAAUUGGCCAGAUGGUAAAUUGUCCAAUUAGUUAUUGUCAGUGACGGCAUUGUUACUUUGAAAAAGUAACUUUAAUCUGAUUACUGAUUACUCUUUGAAAAAGUAACUUCGUUAGAUUAGUGACUUCUUGACUUGCAAAGUAACUAAGUUACAUUAAAAGUAACGUUUUUAGUUACUUUCUGCAUCUGUUGACAACAACGUUCAACCACCUGUGAAAAUUGUGUUAAAUUUUGUCAACAUUGAAAGUUAUUUUAUGAUGGUGAUAUCAACAAUGUGUCUCCACUUAUAAGGUUGAUAAGAUAGUUUAAUGGUUACAACAGUAACAAAAAAAAAAGAUCUUUGGAUAACUUUAGUGUGUGUUCCACUAUUGUCUGGAAAACUCCAAAUAGGAAUUAAGACUAACCCCCCCCAGCCCCAGCGUCCAGGUUCUGAGUUACGGCCCUGUGUUUGCAGCUCACAGAGCUCCUCCUGCGGCUCCACAACUCACAUGGCUGCACAGAUUUGUGACACUUAUUUUAAUAAUAACAUCUAUAACGGCGUUUGGUUGCAUAACGUUCAUUUAUGGCUGUUUUCACGUUUUUUGUGCUGUUCAUAUUAGUCUCCAUAUCUGCAGUUUUUCUGGAGCGCAGCGCGAAGCUCGACGUCAUUCAGGAAAUAUAAAUGCAUUCGUAUCUAUACCAUAUACUUAUAUUAACUGAAUAAACAAAGACAUAUGAACAUUUCCCUGUCCAUCCGGGAAACAGUGGACAGCAGGGAGAGCCUUAUAUAAAAUUACAUUACUAAAGAAAAUAGUAACACACAGUGAUUUGGAUAAGUAACUUUUAUCUGAUUACUGGAUUUAGAAUAGUAACACAUUAGAUUACUAAUGUGUUUAAUAUCUCCCAUAUUGCUGCAUAUCCACAUAUACGUGUCACUACCAAGAAAGGAAACCCCCCCCAACUCUUUAGAUGUGUAAAACAGGUUAGAAUAUAAAUGACUGGUAUUGAAAUAAAAACCAAAUAGAAGAAAAAAAAUGAAGUCAAAGGAGCUGAAUAGGGAAGCGUGCCACACUUUCCAGUUUUUCUUCAGUAAAGAUAAAUGUAUUAUUUUUUGUUUUAAAUCAUUCACUUCACAGUGAUGGAUCAUACAAAUGUUAGGCUGCAAAGUUGCAAAAUGACUCAUGAAUACUUUAGCAAGACACACGGGACCGGACAAGCCUCAAUGACUUAAUUGGCAAUUUAAAAUAAAAAACAUAAAAUAAAAAAUGACAUGGAAACUAUAAAAAUAACUCAGCCAGCGGCGUGUGUAAGAACGCAAGGUUUUAUGUUGCACCAUGUCGCUAGAAACGCAUUUCAGCUCAUCUGUUUAGAAUUUAGUUUUAAUUAAACACAACGUUCACGGACUCUCCAGAUGUUCUUGAGGUGAUGAGCAAAAUUGCUUCAUAAUUUCCUGAGUUUUCGUUCUUUCUUUUUUCUUUUUUUUUUUGGGUGCAUUGAAACACUUAGCAACAGAUCAGCAACUCGAUUACAGGUAAUUUGAAGAGAGCCAUUAGUUUGUGCUGAGGUGGGGGUAUGAGAGGGGGAUGCUAGCUAUGCACUGCUCACCAUUUGUGUCUGGUGCCCUCUGCUCCCCCGACCCCCACCCGCAGCAGCACCUGCCCAGCUGUCGGAGCACGGUGGGGGCCGCAGGGGGUCAGGGGCCUCCAAGGGUCACAUUCCAGACAGGCGUAUCCACACCCUGAUUAAGAACUCAGCUGCAGGAUCAGAGCCUGCAGGUGGAUGGUGCAUUAAACCUCCUAAAGCAUACUACUCUUCUUCUUUUCCCCUCUUUCUUUUUGUCAUGUGAAACUCAAACAACGUCCAUAUGUACAUCGUCUCUUUCGUUCUCUUGCCGGUUUUGUGCCAAACGUGAAUCACUGUGCCAAACUCGCGUGUAAAAAAGUUAGUUCAACGCGAACGAAUUUUAAAAGGCAAAACAAACUCUCCUAUGUGAAGUUUUGAAGUGUAUUUCCUCUAGUCAGAACAUUAUAAUAUGGAUGUUUUCAAACUGUGGUUCACCUGUUAAAACAUGUCUUCACUGAAUUUGAAUAAAGUCAGAAACUGAUAACGACGCCACGUCCUUCACUCUCCUAAAUGAGACUAAAAGUGUCAAAGUUUCAAGAAUAUGAGAGGACCCGUUCACGAAAACAUGUACGAAAUAGAUUAAUGCCAAGAAAACAUGUUGCCUACAUACUUGUUUACGUACUUCUAAAUCAGAAAAAUAAAUAGGGAGCCUGUGUCGUUUUCACUGACUUCCAGCCACAUGGUGCGGUUUUACAGCACAAUCAAGUAGCCAUGUUAGCUCCAGUUGUUAUAAGAAUGCUGCAUAUAUCAUAUAAAUAUGAAAAGAAGAUUUAUGUCCCAAAAUUGGGUUUCUUUGUCUUUAAAAACUGUUUGCUAAUUGCUGCUGGCUAGUCUGAAGGAGCCGAGUGGAGGAAUUGUAGAGUAGCUGUGCUCUGUGAUAUGGAAGCCUGUAAGAUUAGGCUUCUGGAAGGCGGAGCUACGUCCACUUAGAUGUUUUGGUUGCCAUGGGAGAUUAAAGGAUUUCUCAAACAUGCAUGAAAGAAACAAGGCAACUCUCCAGGUAUGUUUUUGAUGAGGGGAUAACAUUAUGACUUUAUAUUAAUUCAGAUACUUCACUGUUCCAGUCUACUUCAUGUUGUCAGAGAGGCUCUACUGUGGCCAUCAGUUCCCGAAAGUACGUGAAAGGAAAAGAGACCUUGUAAAAGCGAACGCGGAGUCAGUGCAACCCCGCUGGACCUCGCACAGGCUAAAAAGCUCGCGGGCUAGAAUGGAGCCCCGUCUUUUAAGACCGCGAGAGAGUUUAAAAGUUUACAGUAGUAAAUUUGAUCAAACUUUUGCUACAAAGUUGCGGCUCAGCGCUUCAAAUCGAUGUCCAAUGUGCUUGACUGACGUCCAUAAGGGUUACAAGAAUAUGUUAAUUUUCACAUUUGUCAGUCUCUGGACUGCUCUCCCCAUAGAGGAGUGUGAAGUCUGUUUCUGAUUUAAUCAAACCCUCAGCAUUCAGUAUUCUUAGGAAGAGAUACGAUCCUGUGGAGCCAUGAAGUGCUCUAAGAAUUCCCGUCUCAGCUAAAAACAUUAUCAUUAAACUUCAACAAACAACCCACACACACACCUUUUCCCUAAUGUCAGUGUUUUCCCCACCUUCUAAAAUGCCUCCUCUGUGCUCCAGGUUCAUUUUCAGCUCUGACCUCAGAACAGUUUGGUUUUUUUCCCCUCAUCCCAAACGCGGCCGCAGGCUUUGGUUCGUACAGACGGCUCCUCUGUCAGCCGGAGAGCAGAGGAGGCCCACUGGAACCGUUUUACCAGGUCCGCUCCAAAUGCAUCGGCUGGGUGCGACUGUGUAAGGGGGAACCCGCAGGUCCAAAAUGUGCGUGUCCUGAAUAAUGCGCUGUCAUUUCAGAAACUCAGGGGGAGAAGAAGGAACCGGUGUGGUUAUGAAAGCAGCUAUGAAUUAUUAACUCACCCAUCUCAUUUUAACUGAAACAAGCGUCUGAUGCCAGAGAGAUUCAGACAAAUUAAUGCUACGGGAAAAAACGAGACGUUUUUCCAGUCCA